CUGGAGUGGUGUUGUUACAUGGAUCUUAGCCAAGACAUGUGAUCAUCACUAUAGGGGUUGUAGAAAAAGAAGUCAGCGACUCCAAUUAACCUGCUCAAACAGAGUUUGGAAGCAUUAGUGAAAAAAUGCUCCUGGCUGUUCUGCUCUGUGUGCUGUGGCAUUUCCAGAUCUCUGCUGGCCAUUUUCCUCGAGCCUGUGCAUCUUCUCAGAACCUGAUAGAGAAGGAAUGCUGCCCACCAUGGAUAGGGGACGGAAGUCCCUGUGGCCAGCUUUCAGGCAGAGGUUCCUGUCAGGACAUCUUUUUGUCCAGUGCACCAUUUGGGCCUCAGUUCCCCUUCACAGGGGUGGAUGAUAGGGAAUCUUGGCCCUCUGUCUUUUAUAACAGAACUUGCCAGUGCUCUGGCAACUUCAUGGGAUUCAGCUGUGGAAAUUGCAAGUUUGGAUACUGGGGACCAAACUGUACACAGAAACGAAUCUUGGUGAGAAGAAACAUCUUUGAUUUGAGUGUCCCAGAGAAGGAUAAAUUCCUUGCUUACCUGACUUUAGCAAAACAUACCAUCAGUGCAAACUAUGUCAUUCCCACCGGCACAUAUGGCCAAAUGAAGAAUGGAUCAACUCCCAUGUUUAAUGAUGUCAGCAUUUAUAACCUCUUUGUCUGGAUGCAUUACUAUGUGUCAAGAGAUACAUUGCUCGGGGGAUCUGAAAUCUGGAAAGAUAUUGAUUUCGCUCACGAAGCACCAGGUUUCCUGCCUUGGCACAGACUCUUCUUGCUGCUGUGGGAAGAAGAAAUCCGGCAGCUUACCGGGGAUGAGAACUUCACUAUUCCAUACUGGGGCUGGAGGGACGCGGAAAACUGUGAGAUUUGCACAGAUGAGUACAUGGGAGGUCGCCACCCUACAAACCCUAACCUGCUCAGCCCUGCAUCAUUCUUCUCCUCUUGGCAGAUUGUCUGUAGCCGAAUUGAGGAAUACAACAGCCGGCAGGUUUUAUGUGAUGGAAAUCCUGAGGGACCUUUACUGCGUAAUCCUGGAAACCAUGAUAAAGCCAGGACAUCAAGGAUCCCCUCCUCAUCUGAUGUGGAAUUGUGCCUGAGUUUGACUCAAUAUGAUUCUGGAUCCAUGGAUAAAUCUGCCAAUUUCAGCUUUAGAAAUACUUUGGAAGGAUUUGCUAACCCAGUUUCAGGAAUAGCAAAUGACUCACAAAGCAGCAUGCACAAUGCUUUGCACAUCUAUAUGAAUGGAACCAUGUCUCAAGUACAAGGAUCAGCCAACGAUCCCAUUUUUCUUCUUCACCAUGCAUUUGUUGACAGUAUUUUUGAACAGUGGCUCCGAAGACACCGCCCACUUCAGGAAGUUUAUCCGGAAGCCAAUGCACCCAUUGGACAUAACCGGGACUCCUACAUGGUUCCUUUUAUACCUCUCUAUAAAAAUGGUGAUUUUUUUAUUUCAUCCAGAGAUCUGGGCUAUGACUACAGCUACCUACAAGAUUCAGAUCCAGACUUCUUUCAAACCUACUUCGAGCCCUACUUGGAACAAGCACGUCAGAUCUGGCCGUGGCUGCUCGGAGCAGCUUUGGUAGGGGCCGCGCUUGCUGCAGCACUGGUGGGGUUAACCAGCCUGCUGUGCCAUCACAAGAGAAAGCAGCUCCCUGAGGAAAAGCAGCCACUCCUCACAGAGAAGGAGGACUACAGCAGCUUAUUGCAUCAAAGCCAUUUGUAAAAGGCACAAGCAAUAGAGUGGGACCAGAGCGCAAGUCCUUACUCUAGCUGAGUGCUGUGCAGGUUCCCCAGAGCCACUCCCCACAGAAAUCCCUGUUUGUCAGUGAAGAUCACUCUAAGAAUUGUAAUCUAAUGCUAAAUGUAGCCCCUACACAGACACCCAAGUAGAACACAGCUAUUCGUCUUUCUGUUUUCACUCAGUCCUUCUUAUAGUUCUCCCCAAGCCCCUAUUUGGUACUAAGGAAAUGCUGCUGUAUAAGAAUAAAAGUUCUCUUAUAUGAAAAUGGAA